AUGUCACGAGAAGAGCUCUCAGCGGCUGCCGCGCCGGUGCUGUUCCGCGACCGAUACCCACUGCCCCUCAUCGCGGAGACCCUGCAGAAUCUGGCCAAGGCUAAGUGGUUCACCAAGUUGGACGUGGUGGCCGCUUUCCAUAAGAUCCGCAUGGCUCCGGGACAUGAGGAAAGACUGCAUUUCGCACGAGGUUUGGGCUCUACGAGGCUCGUGUGCCCUUUCGGCCUGAGCGGCGCCCCGGCAUCAUUCCAACGAUACAUGAACAGUGUAUUGCGCGAAUGGCUGGACGACUUUGUCACAGCGUACCUGGAUGAUGUACUGAUCUACUCGAGCGGUUCGAAGGCGGAUCAUGAGGCUAAGGUGCGACGAGUUCUCCAAGCACUCGCCGACGCUGGGCUGCACCUAGACCCAGCGAAGUGCGAGUUUUCGGUACAAGAGGUCAAAUACCUUGGCUUUCUGGGCUUCGCCAACUAUUACCGGAUCUUCAUCCCCGACUAUGCCAAGAUCACGCAGUCUCUGGAUGCCCUGCUUAAGAAAGGAACUGCCUUUCAUUGGGGACGAGCGGAGAACGAGGCGUUUCAGGAGCUGAAGCGACGAUUUUGCGAGUCACCGGUGCUCAAGCAGUGGGACCCGAGCCUCCCGACCUUUUUGGAGACGGAUUGCUCAGGCUACGCAUUGGGAGGCGUCCUGUCGCAGGAAGGCCCAGAUGGACGUCGACACGCAUGCGCCUUCUUCUCGAAGCGACUUUCGCCAGCGGAGUACAACUAUCCCAUUCACGACAAGGAGAUGCUUGCCAUCAUGAGAUGUCUCGACAACUGGAACGCCGAACUUAGGAGCUGCGGCCCAUUUACAAUCCUUACCGAUCACCGCAACCUGGAGUAUUUCAUGACACGCCAGAAGCUCACGGAACGGCAGAGCCGUUGGGCAGCCGAAUUGUCCCAGUUCGACUUCAAGCUCGAGUAUCGACCGGGAAGCGAGGCUGUCGUGCCUGAUGCGUUGUCCCGCCGUGAACAAGACAAGCCACAGGGCAUUGACGACGAGCGGGAACAAGGAAGAAUGAUACAGUUGAUACCGGAUAGUGCCAUUCCAUCAUCGACAAGAGCAUGUAUCAACGCGAUGAGUUCUGACUGUUCAGAGGCAUCCACCCUGCCGAAGAUGAAGGUCUUCGAGGUAGCGGACCUGCAGCAACUCUGGGACGAAACGGUGGCGAAGGACUCGAUAUUCCGGGCAGCCUAUAAGGCAGUCCGCGAUCGCGAGCGUGCCUUCCCGCCCUCGCUGGGCCUGAAGAUCCAGAUUUCAGAAUGUGCGAUCGACGCAGGCAAAGGCUGA